GUCGUGACUCCCGGCGCCAUGGCGGACCUGCCCGCUGAGGCGGCCCCGGCACCGGCCCCGGCCCCCGCCCUGCCGCUGCCGGCCCCGCCGGGCGGCUCGCAGCGCCUCCUCUUCUCGCACGACCUGGUGUCGGGCCGCUACCGCGGCUCCGUGCGCUUCGGCCUGGUGCGCCUCAUCCACGGCGAGGACUCGGAGGAGGACUCGGAUGAGGGCGGCCGAGGCACCGGCGGCGGCGCCGCCAGCUCGGGAGGCUCCGAGUCCGGGGGGCCCGGCACCGGCGGCACGGAGGAGGGCCGCGCCAGCCCGCUGCGGCGGGGCUACGUGCGGGUGCAGUGGUACCCGGAGGGCAUCAAGCAGCACGUCAAGGAGACCAAGCUGAAGCUUGAAGAUCGCUCUGUGGUCCCUCGAGAUGUGGUCAGACAUAUGAGCUCCAGUGACAGCCAGUGUGGAACUGUAAUUGAUGUCAACAUAGAGUGUGCUGUGAAGUUAGUAGGAACCAACUGCAUCCUCUACCCUGUCAACAGCAAAGAUCUGCAACAUAUCUGGCCUUUCAUGUAUGGUGACUACAUAGCCUAUGACUGCUGGCUGGGGAAGGUCUAUGAUUUGAAGAACCAGGUCAUCCUCAAGCUUUCCAAUGGAGCCAGGUGUUCUAUGAGCACAGAAGAUGGAGCCAAGCUGUAUGAUGUCUGUCCUCAUGUCAGUGACUCGGGUCUCUUCUUUGAUGAUUCAUACGGCUUCUAUCCUGGGCAAGUCCUCAUCGGGCCUUCUAAAGUCUUCUCCAGCGUGCAGUGGCUGUCGGGUGUGAAGCCUGUUCUGAGCACAAAGAGCAAGUUCAGAGUGGUGGUGGAAGAGGUACAGGUGGUGGAACUAAAGGUUACAUGGAUCACUAAAAGUUUCUGUCCUGGAGGUACUGACAGUGUGAGCCCUCCUCCCUCAGUAAUCAGCCAAGAGAAGCUGUCCAGGGUAAAGCGGCUGGGGUGCUUUGACCAUGCCCAAAGGCAGCUUGGAGAAAGGUGCCUCUAUGUGUUCCCAGACAAAGUGGAACCUGCUAAAAUCACGUGUGAAUGUCCCGAGAGGAACUGUGUCCUGGGUGAAGGGUCCGUUGCCAAAAAGGUGAGACGGCUGCUGAAGAAGCAGAUAGUGAAGAUCAUGUCCUGCUCCCCAGAGUCUCAGGGUACCAGUGAGUCCCCUGAAAAAGAGGCUGCUGCAGCUGAUGACCAAAAAUCAGAAGAGCUUAAGCCUGAAUCCAAGUGUGAGCUGGAUGACUCUCCCACCAGUGCACCGAGUCCUGAGGAGAGCAAGGAGGAGCAGCCUGAGGAAACAGGGAAGGAGAAAGAGGGAGCAGCAGCACGACAGCAGCCUCCCUUUCUGCUGAAGGAUGAAGGGUUGUCCGACUACCGGCUUCAGUCCAUGGAGCAGGAUGCUGAUGAUGAAGCAGCUGAUGACACUGAUGACACGAGCUCUGUCACCUCUUCUGCUAGCUCCACGGCCUCAUCCCAGAGUGGCAGCGGCACUGGGCGCAAGAAGAGCAUCCCUCUUUCCAUCAAAAACUUGAAGCGGAAGCACAAGAAGAAGAAGACAAAAGUCUCACGGGAGUUUAAGCCAGGAGACAGGGUUGCUGUGGAGGUGGUGACCACGAUGACUUCGGCUGAUGUGAUGUGGCAGGAUGGCACCGUGGAGACAAACAUCCGCUCCAACGAGCUGAUUCCUGUCCAUCAUCUGGACAACAAUGAGUUCUGCCCUGGGGACUUUGUCGUGGACAAAAGAGCUCAGAGCUCCCAGGACCCUGGGUUAUAUGGAGUCGUGCAAUCUGGUGACCAUAUUGGCCGUACCUGUGUGGUGAAGUGGUUCAAGUUGAAAUCCAGUGGAGAUGAUGUGGAGCUGAUCGGGGAGGAGGAGGAUGUGAGUGUGUAUGAUAUUGCUGACCACCCAGACUUCCGCUUCCGCACCACUGACAUCGUGAUCCGCAUUGGCAACUCGGAUGGAGCCACAGCUAAGGAGGAUGAGCCUUCAGUCGGACAAGUGGCUCGUGUGGAUGUCAGCAGUAAAGUGGAAGUGGUGUGGGCUGAUAACUCCAAGACUAUUAUUCUGCCUCAGCACUUGUACAACAUAGAAUCAGAAAUUGAGGAGUCAGACUAUGACUCUGUUGACGGCAGCACCAGUGGAGCAUCCUCAGAGUGGGAGGAUGAAAGCGACAGCUGGGAGACAGACAAUGGCCUCAUGGAAGACGACCACCCAAAAAUCGAGGAGUUAGAGCCUGAGGAGCCAGCGGCAGAGGAGGUGAAGAAAGUGGAGGAACAAGUCCAGGGAGCUGUGGCUAUGGCUGUUGCGGAUCUGGCUGCAGAAAAAGGCGUUAAGGAAAGAGCCCCCAAGAGCUUCCGCGAGCUAAAGGAGGCCAUCAAGAUCUUGGAGAGCCUGAAGAACAUGACUGUGGAGCAGCUGCUGACUGUGUCUCCCACCUCCCCCACUGUGGAGCUGGAAAAACCCACUCGGGAGAAGAAGUUCUUGGACGAUAUUAAAAAGCUGCAAGAGAAUUUAAAGAAAACUCUGGAUAACGUGGCUAUUGCAGAGGAGGAGAAGAUGGAAGCUAUGGUGGAAACAGAAAAGAAAGAAGAAAAAGCAGAGGCACAGACACCGGUGAGGUCAGAGUGGCCCAGUGAGACACCAGUGCUGUGCCAGCAGAGCGGAGGCAAGCCCGGAGUCACCUUCACCAGUGCCAAGGGAGAAGUCUUCUCUGUGUUGGAGUAUGCUCCAGAUACCCAUGCCUUCAAGAAAAUGGAGUUCCAGCCCCCAGAAGCAAAGAAGUUCUUUAGCACCGUGCGCAAGGAGAUGGCUCUGCUGGCCACCUCCCUGCCUGAUGGCAUCAUGGUGAAGACCUUUGAGGAUCGAAUGGAUCUCUUCUCAGCACUUAUAAAAGGGCCCACACGCACGCCCUAUGAAGAUGGGCUUUUCCUCUUCGAUAUCCAGCUCCCCAACAUCUACCCUGCUGUCCCCCCUCUCUUCCGCUACCUCUCCCAGUGCAGUGGGAGGCUGAAUCCCAACCUGUACGACAAUGGCAAAGUGUGUGUCAGCCUCCUGGGGACGUGGAUAGGCAAGGGGACAGAAAGAUGGACCAGUAAAUCCAGCCUCCUUCAAGUGCUCAUCUCCAUCCAAGGCCUCAUCCUGGUGAACGAGCCCUACUACAACGAGGCAGGCUUCGACAGUGACCGGGGCCUGCAGGAGGGCUAUGAGAACAGCCGCUGCUACAACGAGAUGACGCUGAUCCGGGUGGUGCAGUCCAUGAUGCAGCUGCUCCGCAGGCCCGUGGAGGUCUUCGAGCACGAGAUCCGGGAGCACUUCCGCUGCCAGGGCUGGCGCCUGGUGUCCCGCAUCGAGUCCUGGCUGGAGACCAACGAGCUGGUGGAGCGGAGCCACGAGCAGGCCAACGGGGCGGAUUCUGCCUCCCUUUGCUCGGCAAGCAGCGCCCUGGCCGAGAGCCCGGGGGACAAUGCGGGAUCGCAGGGGGGAUACGGGAGCAGCUCGGAGCAGGGAGCGGGCGCUGAGCUUUCCGACUCGGCGCUGGAUGAGUCGGAGUUCACAGCCUCAAUGCCCAACGCUGCUGAUGGCCAGCAGUACUCGGACUCGGAGAGCACAGCCCACGCCAGGGGGGCAGACCUGGCCAGAGACCGAACGGACGAGGGGAAGGCUGCCCAGGACUCUGCCGCGCAGCCCAGCGUGAAACCAAAGAAAAGGAGGAAGAGCUACAGGAGUUUCCUUCCGGAAAAGAGCGGUUACCCUGACAUUGGGUUCCCCCUCUUCCCCUUGUCCAAGGGGUUCAUUAAAAGCAUCCGUGGUGUCUUGCAGCAGUACCGGGCUGCCUUAGCAGGGGCCAAUAUCCCAGAGUGGACAGAGGACAAAUAAACCAUCAGGUUAGGGACAGGCAGGUGCAGGGGAGAAGGGAAAGCAGCAGAAAGGAAAUAAGCAGAUGCUGUCACCAGUAGACUUGCUUCUCCUUCCAGCUUUUCUUCCUCAGCUUGGUUUGUUCCAAAGAAGGUGGUAGGCCUGACUGCUCCUCCCAGGAAAGGAUGUCUAAGCAUGAAUAACUCUUUGCCCCAGCCCUUCUUCUUUCCCCCCUCCCAUGUACGUGUUCCUUUUGCAAGUUUGACCCUGCAAUGGUAAGAUUUGAGACCUGCACAGAAGCAGUCUUGCAGCCACAUUCCCUUCUGCACUUUCAUCUUGGGGCACCUUUCCACACAAGGACUCUUCCCACCCAUCAGUUUGGUCUGGUGGGCUUCAAGCCAGGAGAAGUGAUUGCUGUAGGAGCUGGAAGGUAAGGGCAAUGCCCUCCCGGUCUCUCAUUUUUCUCUGCAUUACCAUGGGUUUUAUGAAACCUGCCCCAGCUUUCCUGUUCUUAGACAUGGGAUUGUGUUUGCAUUGAGGUUGUCUGCACCAUACAGAGUUGCUCUGGUCUUAGUUCACAGAUAGCUACGAGGUUGUUGCAGUCAGGACUUGGUAGGCAGAACCAGAGCUCUGAAGUGGCACUUGUGCUGCCCUGGUAGUGCUGCAGGGUUUCCAUCCAGUUCUGCAACUCCUUGUCAGCUUCCUGGAAGCAGUUCUCACCAUCCCCGCUUCUUUUUGGCCAGGGUAAGGCAAACUUCCCUUUCCCCCAGCACGCAUACUGCCUGUCUUCUAGAAAUACAUGGGAUUCGGGGUUCUGCCCCUGUUACUUGC